AUGUCCACCAGUCACCAAGACAAAGACAAUUCGUCUUGUCAGGCUGGUGAGAAGAAAAGACCGGAGCACCAUGAUGACUGCAAGAACUACUCUGGGCCGAGAUUUGCACUGCUUAUGACUUCAACAUUUGCAGCAAUGUUCCUCGUCUCUCUGGUGCGUGACAAAGUUGGCAAUGUUGAUUGCCAUUUCCUCACCACUUUCAAUGACCAAAACAGUAACUGUCAACUACAGGACAAAUUGAUCAUUACCACGGCAAUUCCUCAAAUAACAGACGAGUUUAACUCCAAGCAUCAUGUUGGCUGGUACGGCACGGCAUACUUACUCACCAACUGCUCCUUCCAACUAGUUUUCGGAAAACUCUACAAAUUCCUCCCUAUCAAGUCCACGUUCUUGACCUCUCUGCUCUUAUUCGAAGUUGGCUCUGCUAUUUGCGGCGCUGCCCCCAAUUCCAUUGCUCUUAUAUUUGGAAGAGUCAUUGCUGGCUUAGGAGCAGGCGGCAUUCUUCCUGGCGUUAUGGUCAUUAUUGUUUAUGCCGUUCCUUUACACAACCGCCCCAAGUACCAAGGUUUCUUUGGUGCACUUUUUGGCGUCGCAUCAGUCCUUGGACCGACGAUGGGCGGCGCUUUCACCACUCACGCCACCUGGAGAUGGUGCUUCUACAUUAAUCUUCCUAUUGGACUUGUUGUGAUGCUCCUUGUCUUCUUUCUCCUUCGCGUACCUGCUCAACCUGAUACCAAGCUUUCUCCCAGAGAAAAAUUGAGGCAGGCUAACCUUCUAGGGUUUAUAUGUCUGGUUCCAGGAGUCGUCUGCAUCUGCCUCGUACUACAAUACGGAGGCACAACAUACUCUUGGAGCGAUGGGCGCAUUAUUGCCUUGUUCAUAAUUGGCUUUGUGUUAUUGAUCGCCUUCGGCUUGGUCCAAGCUUGGUUGCCAGAUCAGGCUAUUCUGCCACCACGCGUGUUCCUGCAGCGUAGCAUUGCUUCCGGCUUCUGGACGAUGUACUACCUCCCCAUCUGGUUCCAGGCUAUCAAGGGCAAGUCUGCAGUAGAAAGUGGUAUAGACCUGCUUCCAAUGGUGUUAGUCAUUGCCGUAUCGGCCGUCGGCAACGGCCAGCUGGUGUCUGCAGUCGGAUACUACACACCAUCUCUGAUACUCGGUGUCUGUUUCGCCGCCCUUGGUGCAGGGCUGCUCACUACUCUCGGUGUUGAUUCUUCACCGGGAAAGUGGAUCGGGUAUCAGAUCCUGUAUGGUUUUGGGCUGGGUGUAGCAUCACAGGCUCCUAAUAUGGCUGCACAAACAGUGCUGCCCAAGCAAGAUGUGGCUAUCGGGGCAUCUCUCUUGUUCUUUGCGCAAACUCUUUUUGGAGCCGUCUUCGUCUCGGUUGGAGAGAAUGUACUUCAAAACCAGCUAACCAGUCGUCUUCGAGGUAUUUCGGGGAUCGACGUCGAACAUAUCCCAAGCACUGGAGCUACCAACAUUCUUAACAGUAUCGAUGUAAAGUACCGCUAUCCAGUCCUAGAAGCAUACAAUGAUGCACUGCGCGUGGUAUUCCAGGUGGCUCUUUGCAUGGCCAGCAUAGCUGUUCCCGGUGCUCUGGUCAUGGAAUGGCGCUCUGUCAAGAAAAACCGCGAACCAAAACACGGCGGUAGUAGUGUUAUAGAGAAUGGUCGGGGUAAUGCGCACCCAGUCCGCACGUACAAGGCUUUUCCUGCUUGCCCUGCAGACAGCGAAAAGUCAAAUGCGACCGUCGCAGCCCAUGCUCCCACUGUGAAAAGACCGACAAGGAGUGCAGCUUCGUGGCACCUACUACUGGAGUCAUACGGCGAGACGGGGGAGCUGUCAGUGCAAAGCUCGGUGACCUCUGAAGUUGAGUUGGACUCGGAUGCAUCAAGUCUGCGUCAACGACCGGGAACGGCAUCCCCUCAAGGAGACAGUGAAACAGUUAAGAAACCACGCGGACAACAAGAGCCAGAGGCCAGGCUGGUAGUAGAUAAGGGCAACUCGAGAUAUUAUGACAGUCCGCUCUGGUCCAACCUGGGAGAUGCUUUGCCCCAUUCAGAGGUUGAGACUCCGGCUGAGCAGAUUGAGAAUGGCACAGAUAUCGAAGACAGUCAACUCUACUUUGGACCCGAGAUCAGCAAUGCGCCCAAGCAUCCAGUAGGCCCCCGUCCAUCCCGUCACAUGCUGUCAAAAUUAAGAGACAUCUACAUUGACAGAGUAGAUGCUCUUGUCAAAAUACUGCAUAUUCCAAGCUUCUGGGCUCUAGUUCUUGGCGAACAUGAGCAUCUUCACCACGCAGCCACAAGUCAAUCAGCCGUGCUCUUUGCCUUCUACUUGGCCACGGUCAACACGAUGGAUGAUGCUGAAUGCCACAAUAUCUUCGGGUUAAAGAAUUCAGUUGCAUUUUCUCAGUACAAAUCUGCCACGCAGCGGACCUUGGUACGCGCAGGUUUUCCAGCAACCUCAAGUCCCGUGGCCCUCCAAGCAUACGCCCUGUACAUGAUAUGUGUCCGUAACUGCUACCCCAGUGACACAUUGUACAUCAUGUCAGGUAUUGCAAUAAGACUUGCCCUCAAAAUGGGACUCCAUCGAGAUGGAACAGCGCUGGGCUUGUCCCCGUUUGAGACUGAAAUGAGACGGCGUCUCUGGUGGCACAUUGUUCACGUUGACGCCCGCAUAACGGAUGUCCUUGGAACGCGCCCGUCAUCAGAUCUCGCGUGCGGCGAUGCCAAGAGCCCUUUAAAUUGCAACGAUGAGGAUCUAGAUCCAGCCAUGACGCAGCUCCCAGAAGCACGACCGGGCAUCACACCCAUCACACUGUGUGUAAUUCGAUGUGAAAUCAACGAUUCCCUGAAAAGCAUAUCAUCAUCACCAACUGCUUCAAUGCGCUGGGAAGGUCUGAUGGGAGACCCAGACAUACCAGCAUCGAAGAAACACAACAUUAUUGACGAAAUCGAGGACCGCUUGGAAAGAAAGUACAUGCGCUACUGCGACCCGUCUAAUUCGUUUCACACUUACAUCUCUAUCAUCAUCCGGUCCUCUCUCUGCAAAAUGAGACUCUUCUCCCACAAGCCUCCAUCUUUCACUAGGCAAAUUCCCGACAGCGACCGAGAUAUCGUAUUUGCAAAUGCUUCCAAGCUAAUGGGAUAUGUCGCCUUAUUGCGAGGCGGCUCACCCGGGCUAGACAAGUACAUGUGGCAAAUUGGUACCAGCUAUCUAUGGAACAUCAUGCUAUACGUACUGAUUGAGAUUCGUCGCCGGAAAACGGGGCCAGAGGUUGAUAAGUGCUGGGAACUAAUUGGGCAAUUGUUCACCAACUAUCCCCAAGUGGGUGAGAAACCAGCUGGCGCAGCCCAUGCGUUUGGGCGAUGUACAUUGAAGGUUUGGGAUGAGUAUGUUGCGGCGACAAGGGCACAGGGUUGGUCGGCACCGAUGACGCCAGAGUAUAUCAACAAGUUGCAAUGUGACCACGCCCAAGACUCAGCACCAUCGAACGACACAGUUGGAGACGAGAGCACUGCGCUAGGCGGCCAAGGAGUGUCACACUGGCCGGGUGUUGGGCACGAUAUGGAGACGAGCUCAUUGCCGGCGUAUGACUUUCCCAGUUUAUUAUUGUUUGAGUCGCAUUCCAACGAUUGGUUGCAGUGGGAUCAGCUACUUGGAGAGCAGGCUAGUUUUGCCUAA